AUGUGGAUUGAUGAGUGUGUGGAAUUUUAUCGAUUAUGGUCGGCACUUCAAUUUUUCUUCUGUCAACCGCAGCUUACAAAUUCGGAAGGUCAGAAUCAAGUAACUGAAGCACUUAUCGAGGGUAUCUUUGGUGACGGGAUACAUUGGGCUGGUUGUGCAAUAAUCGCUGUCCUCAAUCAGCAUCGUCGUUUUGAGAUUUUUGAUUUCAGCUAUCAUCUUUUACGGGUUCAUCGGGCCGAUGGUAAAGAUGACGUUGUGCGCGGCAUUAAAUUAUCACGAAUGGUGGAGAGGAUACGCAGAUUUCAGCUGCUCAAUAAUCAGAUUUUUGGAGUGCUGUGCAAUUAUUUGCAUUCAUUUGGUGAAAAUGGUGAAGAAUUGCAGGAUGCGCGAAUGAUCCGUGAAUUUGCACCACCGGUGCACCAUUCGCUUGGACACAGUUUCCUCCCGUCCGAUUGA